CUCUUGAAACUGACUCACACCUAAACAUAGCAGCGCCAUUAGGGAAGUGGAAGGAAGCGCACACAGAUCUGUCCUGUUGACCGGGAAAUAUGUUGAAACUCACAUGCAUACUGCUGGCGGUUGCAUGCGCCACUGCGGACAUUUACAUGCACAACCCACGAGGCAGCAACAACAGACUAAAUGAGCGGUCAGCCAAUAGGCGGAAUGCAAACAGGGCGUUUGAUUCACAGAACAAUAACAGGGGAGGAUAUAAUGUUGGAGAUAAAGGCACAAGUGCUGCCACAACGGAAAAUGAGCAAUAUAACAUGAAAUACUUCCAGAGCAGUUCAGCAAGUAAUGGUCAGAGCUACUUGACCGUUGAGUGGACCAACCAGCAUGGUUGUGGUGGUAACGAGGACACUGAUCCCCACAAGGUUAACUGUAACAUGGUGUUACAGUACAUGUGUCAGCCAGAUGAUGGUACAGCAAGCCAGGCUGACCGUCUGCGAGAUGGUCUUAAUACAAACACCCAGGGCUACACUCGCCCUGCAGCACGGGGGGAGCUGAAGAGCACUUACAGAGGACGAAAGAAUAAUAACGUAAAACCUGACAGAGUUUUACAAGAACCCCAUGAGUGGUAUGACAAGUGCCUGGUCAGGGAGAGGAAUAAAGGACUUUUCACAGCCGAUCAGAAAUUGAAAUCCAACAGUGGGCUUGGAACAAGUGGUGCCAUCUACACAAGACAGAACCCCAAUGGUAACAGGCGUGGCUACGAGUGCCCUGAGGAGAGAGAUUACUACCCUUACUGGCACCCGACACCAUGGAAGGACAUAGCAGUGCUGGCAGAGAAUGCAUCCAUGUGCAACCAUUACCAGACCAAGAGUUUCAAUGUCCAGUCCUAUGGUGAAUGUGUGGAAUAUUACUCUGGGAAUGACAGACGCCAUUUUUCAAGAUGGAACAACCAAACGAAGUGCGAGUCUGAGCCAGGAAACAGAUGGGUGGAGUUUAGCAAUUUUCUGGAAAAGGCUCCUCGUUAUACAAGUGAGCCAGCAUGCACUGGGGCAUCAGGAAAUGGAAUCCAGUAUAUUUGGGCUAUACCUUACGACUCUCCUGAUGGAAUCACCAAGGAGUGCCUAGUGGCCCUGAAGCAGCCAGAGUGUGCAGAGGCACCUUGGACCAGGUCCAAUCACCUGGGUAAUGGCAGAGAUGGUGUUGCCAGCAACUACACCUGGGUGCUGCCUCACUUUCCCUCGGGAAAACCACAGAGAUGUGUGCUCAGAAUUAGGUACAACAUUUCCACAGACGACUUUGACCCAUAUUUCACAAAUGCUGAAUCCAACAAAAACUUAUGGAAAGGAGUUAUGUCUCCGGUGGAACAAAACCCAUAUGUGGAAAUAGGCGCUGGUCACUCUCCUCUGCGAUUAGCCAUCAACACAGCUCAGUUUGGGCGUACCUUUCAAGAUCGCUCCCAUGUUUUCAUUUUGAAGCCACGACCCGCGGGGACAGAGAACCACGACAUCUACAAUCUCAAUGUGAGGGGGAAGAGAGGGAACAUUGUUCAAGUGUACCCAGCUGUGGAGUACGACUUCAUACCUAACAUGUUGUCCAUGAUGGAAAAUGACUUGGUUCAUGUUCAGUGGACAGGUUCCAAUUCCCAUAACAACGGUGCUCCUGGUGGUGACGGUCAGACAGGUGACGCAGGGGAGGGAACCACAGGAACAGACAGAAAUAACAUUGUUCAGAUUGGAGUACUGGAUGAAAACUUUCCCCUGACCUUUAAUAAGACCACCCUGUGGAAGAAUGCAGAAGUAAAAUGGAUAUACCAUGGCAAGAAUAUCAACACCCCCAAAAAUCUGGCCCUAAACAUGGCUUCCUCUGGCUAUUAUCAAUGUAAAAUGGCCAGUGAAUGUGCCAGUGAAUCAGCCGAGAGAAAAACAAAGAUGAACAAUCUCCUCAACAAUGCCCCUGCGUCUUAUGAAGGAGCCCUGCUGAAACUGAAGAAAGGAAUCUACCACUACAUUUGUUCCAGAAAUAAUAACUUCACCAACAGAAGUCAGAAAGGGACCAUCAUUGUGUUGUAGGAUUCAAUACAGAUAGAGCAACAGCAUUGAUGAUCAAAUACGUCCCAUACCAAGGCUUUUUUCCAAUCUUUUAUUGUGAACAGAUUCUAGCAAUCCAGUCAUCAUGAUAUUUUUAAAACAAGUUCCAAGGUUUUUUGGUCAUUUUGGAUCCCUCGAUUUACAAGUCUGAGGCAAAUACUCAAUCCUAUUUUUUUUUUCAAAAAUAUACUUGUAUUGGCAGUAAAAGUCAAAUUUCCUUUGCAUCUUUUUUAUUUAGGAAAAGAGGUGAAACAGUUCACAAUGUAUCAAUUUUAGACAAGUAAAUUCUUGGCGUUGUCAUUGCAUUUUCUUAGAAAUGAAAAUAACAGUACUGUUACAUGUAAUGGCUGUAGCAGUAAACUAUAAAUGACUUUUCCUGUAAUUAACAUCGUCAAUGUUCACGUACAACUGCCAUUCCGUCUCAUGCAUAACCUUAACAUGAAUUAGAUUUUUAUCCUUUCUGAUUUAUAGUGAACAUUCCAAAUCCAGUAGUAAUUGUGUAAGUGAGGACUUACAUGUAUGUUUUGUAAUUGUUGUCAGUAAGGUGUUGUAUUUACAUCUUAGUACAAGACUGAUCUGCUGGCCGGAUCAGUGGAA